AUGUCUGAGAAGCAACAAACUCCCUUGCAUACCGUCGGUUUCGACUCAAGAUUUCCUAAUCAAAACCAAACAAUGCAUUGCUGGCAAUCGUAUGUGGAUUACCACAAAUGCGUGAACGCCAAGGGCGAAGACUUCGCACCAUGCAAAGUGUUUUUCAGGACUUAUUCAUCGCUGUGUCCAGUUGAAUGGAUUGAAAAAUGGGACGAGCAGAGAGAAAAGGGUAAUUUCGCUGGUGACGUCAAGCCAUAG